AUGGAACAAGAUAAUACAAUAUUUGAUCAGAUGAAACAACAACUAUAAAACAAAGACUAUUUGACUUUUAAGUCAUAAAUAAAUAUAAUCAAAAGGUAUUACUCAAAGGAAAAAGAAAAUUAAAUAUGUAUAUAUUAAAUAAUUAUAAUAGAAAAACAAAUAAUAUAAUUAAAUAAUAUUCUUGAGACAUUAAAAAAUAUGGUAAUAGAGUUAACUAAAAAUGGCGAUUAUAUUAUUAAUGGUGAUGAAAAUCAAAUUAAAAUUUAACAAAUUAUUGUUGAAAGUGAAGAUAAAAAGUAAUAGAACAUUAAAGAAGCUGAAAGAUUAUUAAAUGAAGGUAUGACGAAUUGAAUUAUAAAUUAGGAGUUGCAUUAUUUAAUUUGAAUAAAUAUUAAGAUGCCAUUGAAUGUUAUGACAAAGCUAUUUCCAUUAAUCCUAAAAAUGAUAUUGCGUGGAAUAAUAAAGGUAUAGUAUAAUUAUUAAGCAUUAUUAUUUAGGAUAAGCAUUAUUUAAUUUGAAUAAAUAUUAAGAUGCCAUUGAAUGUUAUGACAAAGCUAUUUCCAUUAAUCCUAAAAAUGAUAUUGCGUGGAAUAAUAAAGGUAUAGUAUAAUUAUUAAGCAUUAUUAUUUAGGAUAAGCAUUAUUUAAUUUGAAUAAAUAUUAAGAUGCCAUUGAAUGUUAUGACAAAGCUAUUUCCAUUAAUCCUAAAAAUGAUAUUGCGUGGAAUAAUAAAGGUAUAGUAUAAUUAUUAAGCAUUAUUAUUUAGGAUAAGCAUUAUUUAAUUUGAAUAAAUAUUAAGAUGCCAUUGAAUGUUAUGACAAAGCUAUUUCCAUUAAUCCUAAAAAUGAUAUUGCGUGGAAUAAUAAAGGUAUAGUAUAAUUAUUAAGCAUUAUUAUUUAGGAUAAGCAUUAUUUAAUUUGAAUAAAUAUUAAGAUGCCAUUGAAUGUUAUGACAAAGCUAUUUCCAUUAAUCCUAAAAAUGAUAUUGCGUGGAAUAAUAAAGGUAUAGUAUAAUUAUUAAGCAUUAUUAUUUAGGAUAAGCAUUAUUUAAUUUGAAUAAAUAUUAAGAUGCCAUUGAAUGUUAUGACAAAGCUAUUUCCAUUAAUCCUAAAAAUGAUAUUGCGUGGAAUAAUAAAGGUAUAGUAUAAUUAUUAAGCAUUAUUAUUUAGGAUAAGCAUUAUAUAAUUUGAAUAAAUAUUAAGAUGCCAUUGAAUGUUAUGACAAAGCUAUUUCCAUUAAUCCUAAAAAUGAUAUUGCGUUGAGUAAUAAAGGUAUUUUAUAUUAUAAUUCAGGUUUUGCACUACAUAAAUUAUAGAAAUAUACUGAUGCAAUUUCAUGUUAUGAUUAAGCUCCUUCUAUUAACAUUAAUCCUCAAAGAUUAAAACUAAAAGGUAAAUCAAACUUUAAUUGAUAUUUAGCUGAUUCACUACUUGAAUUAGGGAAGAAAUCAGAAGCUAAACAAUUUUAUUUGGCUUCAUUAGAAAAAGGAUCUAAUGAUAAGAUUUAUAUUUAGAAAUAACUAUCAAAGUUAUGA